GAUGGAGUGGCAGGGAUCAAUGCGACUUGGACUCAAAAGAAGGAACUGGGUAGGAGCCUUUUCCUUGUGAUUAGGGUUUUUCUGGAUUUCGAUCAAGCGAAGCGUUUGUGACUCUGCAACAUUCCUCGGAAUUUCUUCUCAUCUCUCUAGAUAGAUUAAACCAUGAGCCGUCCACAUGAUGGGCAUCAUCCUUCCUUCCCCUUUGGAAAUCCCUUCAAGAUGAGGCGUCCCAAGCGUUCUCCGCUCUCCCCAAAACCUAUCCCCUUGUUGACAGCCUUUGAGGCACGCUUAGCUGAUAGAAUUAUGAAGCUGAUGCCAAGGGAGACAGGAGAUAUUCUGACCCUCUCCUGGAUGAGACUGGCAAUGGAGACUUUAUCGGAAACCCACACUGACAUCAAGACCCUCAUUACAGAUCUUCAGUUUCCCACAUCUGGCUGGGACGAGAAAUGGAUGCAUGCGUACUUGGAAGACAGUGCAAAAUUACUUGACAUUUGCAUAGCGUUGACUUUCGAAAUCUCAAAACUGGAUCAGGGCCUGCUUAUACUCAACUAUAUCUUGCAUGUGUUGGACUUAUCGGUUGGAUUUUCUUCAACCGAUAAGUUGUUUCGUGCCCAUGAUUCCCUUCUUGAAUGGAUGCACCUAAUUGGGUCGAAAGCAUUAUGCACAGCUUCACCAAGAAAUUCAAAGCUUGAGAGCUGCUCUGUGCUCUUACGGGAACUGGCUGGUUUUCUAUGUUCGACCAAAUUAAAAGCCUCUAGCAAAGAGAAAGUUCUAUUGAGGGCCAUGUAUGGAUUCAAGGCUCAAACAGUGUUUGUUUGCACUGUAUUUACAGCUGCCCUCUCUGGCUCAUCCGGUCCUUUAAUUGACUUGCAUGUCCCUGAUGAGUUGCUAUGGUCUUCUCCGUUCAAUGAUCUGCAAACCUGUAUUAAUGGUGAAAUCAGGAGGUUAUACUCAGCAGGGUCUAUUACUGUUAUCAAAGAAAUGGAAUUCAUUGAUGGAUGUGUUAUCGACCUCAAUAUGAUGAUUGAGAAUCUGUGCCAUCACUCAGAUGUUGGUGAAAUAGAAACCGAGUCACUGCAUAAGCCUGUGAAAGAGAUGGGAGAGAUUGUGAACCGGCUUGCUCAGGGUCUUGAUCUCGUAAGUAAACAGGUAAAUGGUUUCUUCCAGAUUGUUUUGAGUGGGAGGGAUUCUCUUCUUUGUAACCUACGAGGGUCCGAUGACAUGCAAGAGAACAAUGAAAUGGAACAUGUUGAAAGAUGUUAAGUUUGAAACUGAAGUAAUGGUUGUGCUUGCUUGUAUGAUUCAGUGGUUAGAAAAUGCUUGGGUUGAUCUCCUGUGGUUCUUAUGUCGGCAUGCAAUGACUUCAGGAAGCUGUAAGAUUUGUUCCUUAGGGGUAUUAUGUACAGAUAAUGUAAGUAUCUGCGAUGACGUUUUGUAUGGCUGCUCUGUUAUGUUAAUUACCUCUUUUCAUAUUAAACAUUUCUCACUUGCUCAUC